AGAUGAUAAGCAAAAACUAGAACAAGAUUAUUUAUUAGAUGAAAUUAAUGAUGUAAAUGAUGUAAAAAAAUAUAUCAAUUAUGAUCAGCAAGUAGGCAAAGUUAAAGAUAUAUUUGCCAAUAUCAAAGAAAGAUUAACUGAGGAAGAACAAGGACAAGCAGAACUUUUAGAAAAGAAUGCUUUAGAAAUAAUGGAAAAACUAACCCAAGGAAUUGAUUAUUGA